AUGGCAGUGGAAAGGCAAAUAAAGAGAAUUUCUCAUUUUAUUUGCGAAUGUUUUUUCAUGACGGCAAGGGUACUUAACUUGGGAGUGAUGAAAGCUGUGGCAGAUCUUAAACAUAUCUCUCGGGAACUCGCAAGGUGUGAAGAUGAUUUGGAAGCAAACAACGCAAUCAGAGAUCAAGGAGGAAGUUCACCACAGCUUGAGCAAGAUAUAACAUGCUUGGAGAAGAUAGUUGCAGCCUUAUCCCAAGAACAGUUCUGCUAUGAAUCUCAGAUACUAAGGGACAGUGCUUUUCUUCAGCGUGCACUAUCUUUCUACAGAUUAAUGAUAUUGUGGUCAGUAGGCUUAGUUGGGGGAUUUAAGAUGCCUUCGCCAUCAGAAUGGCCCAUGGAAUUUUCUUGCAUACCGGAGCAUUUUCUUGAUGAUGCAACGGAUUUACUUGCUCUAACCUCUAGAAUUCCAAAAGCUCCGGAGGGCUUCCCUUUGGAUGAUUUUCUCAAUUUCAACAUCAUGUUCAUGGCGAGCUCUUCUUACAUUAAAAAUCCUUACCUGAAAGCAAAGAUGGUUGAAGUUUUGAAAAGCUGGAUGCUACAAAGAAGCAGCUUGAAAUCCACAGCCUCGUUAUUUGAGGGGCACCAACUAUGUCUCGAUUAUCUUGUCAAGAAUCUUCUAAAGCUUUGUGUGGAUAUUGAAUUCAAUGGCUCCCAUACACAAUUCUUCGACACAUUUAAUAUUCGACACAAGAUUGCUGAGCUUCUUGAGUAUUUAUGGGAUGUUCCUUGGAGACAAAUGGCUAAAGACAGUCCCUGGUGUAGUUGUUUUAGAGGUGAACCUUGCCGACCACAAUGA